AUGGCGGGCUGGUUCACUUCGGCGUCGCCGCUCGAUGAGCAGAUCGAGCGCGCGACGUCUUCCUCUCUCGAAGACAUCGCCCUCAACCUAGAGAUAUCCGAUCUCGUUCGUUCGAAGAGCGUCCAACCUAAAGAUGCGAUGAAGUCUUUAAAACGCAGAUUAGAGAACCGGAAUCCCAAUGUACAGAUAGCAACGCUCAAGUUGACCGAUACAUGUGUGAAGAAUGGUGGAACACACUUCUUAGCUGAAAUCGCCUCACGAGAAUUCAUGGACAACCUGGUGUCACUACUUAAAUCGGAAGGGGCCCCUCUGAACCACGACGUUCAGCAAAAGAUACUCGAGCUCAUUCAGGAUUGGGCUAUGGCAGCACAGGGUCGCGUGGAUUUGAUGUACCUGGGUGAGACGUAUCGCAAACUGCAGCGUGAAGGGUUUCACUUCCCACCAAAGACCGAGAUGAGCGGCAGCAUGCUAGAAAGCAACGCACCUCCAGAAUGGAUUGACUCAGAUGUCUGCAUGCGAUGCCGAACUCCAUUUAGUUUUAUGAAUCGCAAGCACCACUGCCGGAAUUGUGGCAAUGUCUUUGACCAGCAAUGCUCCAGCAAAUCUGCUCCUCUCCCUCACCUCGGAAUAUUGCAGCCUGUCCGGGUGGAUGACGGAUGCUAUGCCAAGUUAACCUCGAAGCAUUUCAGCCCAUCGUCAGACCGAACCGCGUUCAAGAACCACUCGAUCACUAAGUCCAAUGCAAUGGAACCACGUGGCGCUAAAGCAGACACUGGCUUUGAUGAAGAUAUGCGCCGAGCACUCCAGAUGAGCCUGGAGGAAGCGGAAGGAAGGAAUGCCGGUUAUGUACCACCUUCAAGCAAUGCCCCGGAUCCAGCGAAAACCCCAACGGGGCCAUCAAAUGUGGAGGACGAGGAUGCAGAUCUCAAGGCUGCGAUCGAAGCAUCCCUGCGGGACAUGGAGCAACACAAACAGAAACAUGCGGCUGCAUUGAAAAACACAGCUACCACCAGCGCCGCGCCGCUCGAUUCCUCUUCAAGCACACCAACCCCGUUGCCGAAGAAUCCAUACGAGCUUAGCCCUGUCGAGACUGAGAAUAUUCACCUCUUUUCCGCCUUGGUUGACCGCUUGCAGCAUCAGCCACCCGGUACGAUCCUCCGAGAGCCGCAAAUCCAGGAGCUUUAUGAGAGCAUCGGCGCCCUUCGGCCAAAAUUGGCACGUAGCUAUGGAGAGACGAUGAGCAAGCAUGAUACUUUGCUUGACCUUCAUUCCAAACUCUCCACUGUUGUCCGCUACUAUGAUCGAAUGCUGGAGGAGCGCCUUUCCAGUGCCUAUUCUCAGCACUCGCUGGGUUAUGGCCUUGCCCCUGGUGCUCCUCAGUAUCCGAAUAUGCACACCGGCGUACCUUCUCAUGCGCCCGAUACUAAAUCCGGUGCCGAGAACUUCUACUACGGCAACCCAGCCGAUAGCUCUCAACCUUCGGUCCCCGCAUACGCACCGCAGCGAGUGAGUAGCCGAGGCUAUGAAGGACCACCCAACGGAGUUGCGAGCGCCAGUGGCUAUUCCGCUCAACCUCAGCCUGGACCUUCUGCGAAUGAAGCGUACGAUGCCAGUUGGGGGAACAAUCCAUAUCCUUCGCUAGGCUCGCCUCAGCCCUCCGCCAACAACUCUGCUACCCCGGGCCCAGGAGGGCCAGCUCAGUAUUACACGCAGCCCGGCCAAGAUCCUCCUCAGGCGCAGACCCCAUACCAACCCUCGCCGGUCAUGCGGCGGGACUCGCAAUAUCAACCCAGCGCCCCUCCAACCGCACCGGUUCCCAGUGCACCCGAGCAUACGCCUGCAGAUUUCGUGCAGUCGCCUGGAUAUUCGGCAGUCCCUGCUGGGCCACCCGCACCCCAUCCCCAGCCGACGGGGCCUUCGUCGCCUCAGUCCUAUUACUAUCAACAGCCGCCCAGUAGCUCCGCCAGUGCCUAUCCACCCAUGGCCGCUGGCCACCCCGGGGCAUACCACACUCCCGAGACUGUGGGAUCACAGGUACCGAGCGCGGCCUAUCAACAACCCCAGCCGGCCGCACGGCCCGCGGUGGAGGAGAGCUUAAUUGACCUGUAG